AUAUUCACAUUAUUAAUAUAACAUACUGAUAUUUAGGUACUGCUUUAAUAAUUAUAACAUUAUAAGUAGUGGAAAAUGAUGAAUGAUUAAGAAAAUAAGACGUACCUUUUCUUUUGAAUUUCGUUAUCUUCUAAAUAAUUUACUCUUUGAUCUUAAAUAGCACACACAAACACAUAAGUAUAUAUGAACACAGGUAGAACAUUUUAAUUAAACAACAUUUAAUAAUAAUAGGCAUAUUUUUUUAAGUCAGAACUGUAUAAUGUUUCAGAUUAAUUAAAAAAUAUAAUAAAUAAUAACGACUAGACUACCUAUACCUACAACAUGAAUACGAGGGGCUUAAUACAAUACUUUAAUUAAUCAGUGUAAAAUCAGUGUUUAAAUACUACAUAUCAAUUAUUUUGUAGAUAUAUUUCAUUUACUUUUUUUUUAGUGAACACUCUAAAAUAUACUGUGAAUCUGAGUAGCUUAUAUUUUUUAAUAUGGAUUACAAUGUUAAAGUUUUAUAUGUGUUGACCGUUUUUUUAAUAUUUUCAAUGUUUUGUGGACCAUGUGUACAACCGAUAGAAAGUGUGAACAUUUUAGCAAUAGAAACGAUUGCAGGCAAAAGCCAUUGGAACUUUUUCAGCUCGGUACUACGAUCGUUGACAGAUAAAGGACAUCAUGUCACUGUAUUUACUCCAAUCACAGAAGGUAACCGCGAAAAUUAUACGGAAAUCGAUACAUCUGACGAUUUACCAAAAAAACAGGAGAUAAGCUUGGCGGAUAUGAUGAAUUUGUUCGGUGAUCCAAUCAAGAUUCUAUGGUUCGGUCCACGUAUAGCGAGAUCCUAUUGCGAUAUCAUUCAUGGAAAUAAACAAUUGAAAGACAUUUUGGAAGGCUUCGUUCAUACGGAUUUUGAUGUGGUCCUUAUCGAACCCAUCUGGUUGGACUGUAUGUCAUAUGUAGCCACCAAGUUGGAGUUGCCUAUAAUAUACUUAAUACCGCAGUCAAUGGUCUCAUUUUUGGAGUAUAAUCAACUUGGAAAUAUGCCUAAUCCAGCGUCAGUAUCACAUUUUAUGGCUGGCCACGGUGUUCCCAAAACGUUUGUUCAACGAUUUGCCAAUGCUGCUUUAUUGUCGUACAGUUUAUUGACAUUAAGUUGCACAGAGCAUCUUCUUAAGUACAUUGAACCGAAACCAUAUGACGUACAGAAACCUAUAAAACCUUCCGCAUUAAUUGUAAACAGUCAUUAUAUAAGUGAACCAUCAAGACCUUUUUUGUCAAAUGUUGUUUUUGUGGGUGGUAUCCAUUUGAACGCAGUACAGACAAUUCCAAAUGAUAUACUGGAGUUUAUUGAGAACUCACCUCAUGGAGUGAUUUAUUUUACGUUUGGCUCAGUCGUAGCAAUGUCGACAUUACCUGUUCAUAUUCAAAAUGCAUUCAAAGAAGCUUUAGCACAAGUACCUCAGAGGGUAUUAUGGAAAUAUGAAGGAGAAAUGAAAGAUAAACCAAAAAAUGUAAUGACAAGUAAAUGGUUUCCUCAGCGUGAUAUACUUAUGCAUCCCAAUGUAAAAUUAUUUAUUAGUCACGGAGGUAUAUCUGGUGUAUAUGAGGCUGUGGAUGGAUGUGUUCCUGUUCUUGGAUUCCCUCUAUUCUACGAUCAACCUAGAAACAUAGACAACUUAGUUGAAGCAGGAAUGGGGAUUUCCAUGGACCUGUUAACAGUAGAAAAGGAUGAACUAUUAAAAAAUAUUUUAGAUCUCACUAGUAAUGAAAAAUACGCAAAAAAUGCUAAAAUUUCUUCUGAAAGAUUUAAAGACCGACCGAUGUCACCAGCAGAAUCAGUCGUUUACUGGACGGAAUAUGUAGUUCGUCAUAAAGGUGCACCACAUUUAAAAUCUCAUGCAAUGAAUUUGUCGUGGUAUCAAUACUUUUUAUUGGAUAUUGUUGUUGUUUUGUUAAUUUUUCUCUCUUUAGUUAUUUUUAUUACUUAUAAAGUUUUUAAAAUUAUUUAUUAUAACUUUUUAAAAUAUUUACAAAAUAUCAAACCAAAGUUAGAAUAAUGUGUGUAUUAUAAUCUUAUUAAACUAUUCAAGUGUAUUAUAUAAUAAAAUACAUUUUUCACAUUGAUAGCUAUUAAAUUCACAUUUAAAUAAAAACGUAAUUUUAAAUGUAUUCAACAUAAAAUAAUCACCUUUUUUGAGUAUUAUAUUGUUUAUGUUUUGAUAUCCUAAAUAUAUUAAAACUAAACAAAAAAUUCGAGUAUUUAAAUCCAAAGUUCUGAGGAAUAGUGAGUAUAUUAUCUAAUAAUACCCUACUAUUUUGUUCAUAAUGUCGCACUCCUUGAAGACUUAUUUCCAGCUACCCAUAAUAAAUGAUUACUAACAGAAAAAAUAUAGUUAUCAACUUCUCCAACCACAUAAUUUCUGCUAACCGUGUGAAUUACUUGACAAUAAGUGACCCAUCACCCCUUCUGUACUCUAGUAGUAUUGACGCUUUUACGACCUUGUACUUUAAUUUAUUUAUCCUAUUAAUUGUAAAUAUUUAAAUUAAAAUUUAUUAUAUUUUUAUUUAAUACCUAUAUUUUAGUUAGAACAUAGAACAUUGUUAAUAACUGUAAAAUUAUCAUCCUUAUUGGCUUGUGACACUAUAAUUGUUAUCUAUUUUCAUAAGUUAAAACUGUAUAAUUCUUUUAACAAUAAGUUUAGAUGAUUAUUAGAUGUCGUUGAUGUCAGAGAUAUUUUAUAAUUUUAAUAAAGAUAUUAAAAUAUG